UAAGAGCUGAACCUGAGCUGAAGGAAGCACGCUUAGAAGAUAUAUUCUCUUUAUAUUCUUUCUUAUUUUAUAUUCAGCAAGAAAUUAUAUAGUGCUGUCAGUGAGGAUAGUGGGACAGAAAGGACCAAUCAUGUCGUAAACCUCUGUGCAAAGCCAGAUUCAAGACACUUGCCUUUUUUCAGUAAUUAUUCUAUUUACAUAGGAAUAUAGUUUACAUGCUUGAAGAAGAGUAAUAACCUCAAAAAGAACUAUGUUUGAAGAACUGGACGAUUCUUGGGAAGCUGAGAGUUCAGAGGAACCAGACAUCCCUGGAUCCUACUGUAUGUUUAUGAAGAGUGAGGACUCUAUGGAAAAUCCACCACAGUUCAGGCAUGGUUUACAUCCCACACUGGGUCCGAUUCACACUGAGAGAUCUCCAGAGCCCAGCUGUGUGUCCAUGAAGAGUGAUUUCUCUAGGGAACUUCCUCUAUAUUUCAGAGACUCUAACACUAAGAUGAGUCCGAUUCACACAGAGCGAUCAGAGUCUUCAGAGCCCAGCUGUGUGUCCAUGAAGAGUGAUUUCUCUAGGGAACUUCCUAUAUAUUUCAGAGACUCUUACACAAAGAUGAGUCUGAUUCCCACAGAAAGAUCAGAGUCUCCAGAGCCCAGCUGUGUGUCCAUGAAGAGUGAUUUCUCUAGGGAACUUCCUCUAUAUUUCAGAGGUUUUUACACUAAGCAGAGUGAAAAGCAGGACAAAGCUUUCAACAGUGAAAUAAUCAACCACUUGGACUCUGUUUUCAUGGAUGUAGAGCACAAAGUCAUCUCACUGGUGAAGACUGAGCUGAAGAGGUUCAAAAAGGUACUAUGUUCACAUUACUCAGCAUGCUCCAAGGAAGAAAAGAAGGAUGAGGAAGAUCAAAGCACUUUCAGAGAGGGUGCUCUGAAAAUCACACUGCACGUCCUGAACAGCAUGAACCAGACAGGCCUCGCUAAGAUACUCCAGACAAAACUGGCCCCUGUAUGUCAGAAAAAUUUCAAAAUAAAACUGAAGACAAAAUAUAAGAGACUUAAUGAAGGAAUCGUAAUGCAGGGACACUCAAAGCUUAUCAGUGACAUCUACACAGAGCUUUACAUCACAGCUGGCGAGAGUGGGGAGGUGAAUAACGAACAUGAGGUGAGACAGAUUGAGACAGCGUUUAGGAGACUAGCUACGCAGGACACUGCGAUUAAAUGCCAUGACAUCUUUAAAGGCCUACCUGGAGAAGACGAACUCAUCAGAACUGUGCUGACUAAAGGUGUAGCCGGAAUCGGGAAGACCGUUUCCGUGCAUAAGUUCAUUCUGGAUUGGGCUGAUGGAAAAGCGAAUCAGGACAUCCAAUUCAUAUUUCCUCUUCCUUUCCGAGAGCUGAAUUUGCUGAAGGAGAAGAAGCUCAGCCUGAUGGGCCUCCUGCAUCACUUUUUCACUGAAACAAAAGAAUUCGGAUCACUGGACUGUGCUGAUUACAAAGUCCUAUUCAUCUUUGACGGCCUGGAUGAGUGCCGGCUUCCUCUGGACUUCCAGAAGAACGAGAGCUUGUGCAGUGCCACAGAGGCAACAUCGCUGGAUGUUCUGCUGACAAACCUCAUUAAGGGCAAUCUGCUUCCCUCCGCCCUCCUCUGGAUAACUUCACGGCCAGCAGCAGCCAAUCAGAUCCCUCCUGAAUGUGUUGACCAGGUAACUGAGGUACGAGGGUUUAACGACCACCAGAAAGAAGAGUAUUUCCGGAAGAGGAUCAGUGACCAGAGCCUGGCCAAAAGAAUCAUCACACACAUAAAGUCCUCAAGAAGUCUCUACAUCAUGUGCCACUUGCCUGUGUUCUGUUGGAUUUCAGCCACUGUUCUGGAAAGAUUACUGAAUGAAGAAGAAAUGCAAGAGAUCCCCAAGACUCUCACGCAAAUGUUCACCCAUUUCCUGAUCUUUGAGACCAAACAGAAAAAUCUGAAAUACCAUGGAAAAUAUGAGACGGAUCCUCAGCAGGCCAGAGAGACGAUCCUCGCACUGGGAAAGCUAGCUUUUCAGGAGCUGGCGAAAGGCAAUCUGAUCUUUUACGAAGAUGACCUGACAGAAUGCGGCAUCAAUGUGAAAGAACUGGCCGUGUACUCAGGAGUUUGCACCCAAGUCUUCAGAGAAGAGUUCGGUCUCUUCAUGGGGAAGGUGUACUGCUUUGUGCAUCUCAGCAUUCAGGAGUUCCUGGCUGCUUUAUACGUGUUUCUCAGUUUCAGUAUCCACAGAGAAAACCCUCCUGGUGUCAAGGUACAGCAAACUUCUGAUCUCGCUGAUCUCCUCUAUGAGAAAACACAGACAGAUUUGCUCAAGAGAGCUGUGGACAAAGCCAUAAAUAGCGAGAAUGGACACCUGGAUCUUUUUGUUCGCUUCCUUCUGGGCCUUUCAGUGAAGUCCAAUCAGACUCUUUUGCAAGGCCUGCAGUCACCAUUAAGAAGCAGCUCCCACAGCAGUGAAGAAGUAGCCCAGCACAUCAAGAAGAAGAUCAGGGAGAAGCCUGCUCCAGAGAAAUCCAUCAAUCUCUUCUACUGUUUAAACGAACUCAAUGACCUUUCUCUAAUGCAGGAAGUCCAGAAAUAUGUGCACAGCAAAGAUCAUCAUAGUCUCUCUGAAGUUAGACUCACUCCUGUUCAGUGGUCAGCUCUGGUGUUUGCGUUGCUGAACUCAGAGAAGGAGCUGGAUGAGUUUAAACUCAGUAAAUAUGGCAAAUCAGACGAAUACGUUCUGAGGCUGCAGCCAGUGAUCAAAGCAUCCAGAAAGGCAGAGCUGUGCAAUGGCGAUCUUACAGAAAAAAGUUGUAUAGCACUGGCCUCAGCUCUUGGAUCAAGCACCUCAAGCCUGAGAGAGCUGAACAUGAGUAAAAACUGCCUGCAUGAUUCAGGAGUGAAGAAGCUGUGUUUUGGACUGAUGAAUCCACACUGUAAACUGGAGACGCUGAAGUUAAUUGAUUGUGAACUCACAAGGAAGAGUUGUGUGUAUCUUGCCUCUGUUCUCAUGUCGAAGUCCUCGAAUCUGAAAGAACUGGCCCUGAGCUGCAACGAGCUGUGUGAUCCAGGAGUUAAGCUGCUCACUGAUGCUCUGAGGAAACCGCAGUGUAAACUGGAGACGUUAAACUUGUAUAACUGCAAGGUCACAGACGAAGGCUGUGCUUAUCUGGCGUCUGCUCUGAGGUCAAACACUUCAUGCCUUAGGGAGCUGAAUCUGGGCAGAAAUGAACUUGGAGAAUCAGAAACGCAGAAGCUCUCAGCUUUUCUGGAAGAUCCAAGCCAUAAACUGAAGAACCUACUCCUCUAGACGUGAUACCAAUCUCAGAUGAAGACUUUGAUCUGGCUGGAAUACCGUUGAGAUUUUGGUCGGAUAAGGGACGACUUGUUUUACUCAGUAUAAUGCCAAUACAAGGCCUGUUAUGUUUGGGUAAAUGGUCACUGAAGCAGCACUUACUGUACAAUCAUGCAACUAUAAGCAAAAACAAGCCGGUCAAGAUCAUCCACAGGAUAUUGCAGUGAUACUUUAAACACGGAUUCAGUAAACGACGAGGGACAGAAGACAUCAUCUCAGAUGUGAGAUGGAUUCUUGAAAAGAAAACAGAAUAUUAGAAGUACCUGGAUGUCACAGAGUUAAAAUAAUUAAUCACAAGUAAUCACAUUCUUUUGUGUAGCUAAUCGUGUUAAAUCACAUCUCUCUUAUUUGCUCAAAUCUGACCCUUUUGCUACCAUGUUACUGUAGGACAGCAUUCAUAAGCCUACAUAACACUUACAUAAACUCAUCAUGACAACUAACAUAGAUUUCAAUAAACACUGAUAUUGGUUUAUUCCAAUAGAUGUCAUCUGUCAUAAAGGCUGCUUUUGUCAACACCAAUGUCAGGUGACAUCGAUUUUUUUUGUGUUUUGUUCAUCCA